GCCUACACUCAUGUAAUGGACACGAACGCACUUGUCGACCUUAUCCAUGAGGUGCAGGGACAGAUCUGGGUUGAUAAGGUGAACGAGACCCACAGAUUGGGUCGUCUCUGUUCGUGGGUGUCUACAUUCCAUCCCGACAAACUUCCUUGUAACCUCGAGGGUACAUUCCACAAUGGCGCAUUCAACGCCGGCCUGAAAAUGGUCUUCAGCGACAACACUACCUGGAUGGUUCGUUUCCCUCGCGUGGGGAAAAUCUGCGACGACUACACCAAUGAGAAAGUGGCGAUGGAGGUGACGGCCCUGGGCCUCAUCCGCGAGCAGACUGCCAUCCCCGUCCCGAGAGUCCGCGCGUGGGGUCCCGCUGCCAGCAACCCACUUUGUCUCGGUCCGUUUAUUAUAAUGGAUUUCAUUAACUGUGUGAGUCUUAGUGAUCUCCUGCGGGAUCAUAAUGCCGAGCGCCCCAGCCGACUUAUGAGGGAGGACAUCAGCGACCAUGAUGUUGAAAUUAUCUAUAGACAGAUGGCGGUGAUCAUGCUUCAGCUUUUCAAGGUUGAUUUUGACCAAAUCGGCAGUCUGCCUCCGCCGGCACUGACUGGAGCCCAUUGCUCUAAUUCACUGUCACGGCCGCUAACAUUCAAGGCACACAACAUCCUACAGAAUGGAGGAGUGAACACUUUCGGUGACCGAACCAAGGGGUUUGCGACAACGACAGAAUAUUUCCAGUACGUUAUCAGUCAGGACUGGGAACAGCUUGUUCACCAACCAAAUUCAGUCUGUGGCCAAUACGAUGCCCAGAACAAGUAUGUAGCCUUUAAGGCACUGAGUUCCUUACUACCAGACUUAAUCCAUCCGAGAUAUGACCAUGGCAAAUUCAAGUUGAUAUGUGACGAUCUCGGUCUUGCCAAUCUGAUUGUCCGCAGUAAGGAUGAUCUCACUGUCGUUGGAGUAGUAGACCUCGAGUGGUCCUAUAUAGGACCCGCGCAGCUGUUUGGCUCGGCACCCUGGUGGCUUCUCCAGGAUAGACCAGUUAAUAGCGCCUGGGACUACAAUGGCGAAGAGCCACCCCAGAUAGCUACAAGGUACUUCAAGUACCUAGACAAGUUCAUACGGCUUUUAGAGGAAGAAGAGGAAAGAACUCCAGGCUACGAAGAGAAAGAGCUUUCUAGACUCAUCAAGUGGUCGCAAGAAUCUGGAGCCAUGUGGCUCCACAUACUCCUUUCCUCCGGCUUCAACGACCACCGCAGUUUUCCUUUUACGAAGCUUCGACAGCAUUUUGGGACCGAUGGCUGGGCAAAGUGA